AUGGAUCUCAAGAUUAUUCUUACACUUUUAGGAAUUUUGACUUCCCACAUACAUGCAGUCCCAAAUCGUAUGAAAUUACUCAUCGAUACUGAUGCAGGUAGCGAUGAUGCAGUAGCACUCAUGUUAGCUCUUAAAGCUUCUGACAUGGUAGAUGUGGUAGCCAUUACUUGUACUUACGGUAAUACUUUAGAGAAAAAUGUCGAAGAAAAUGUUUUAAAGAUUUUGACAGUAGCUGGUAGAAAUGAUGUGCCAGUCUAUAGUGGGUCAAAAAAACCUCUAAAAUCUACUUAUCAACCCACAAAUUUUUUUGGAAAAGACGGUAUGGGUGAUAUCAAAUUCGAUAAAAAAAUAACUGCUAAAGUCGAUCGUUCAAUGACAGCUCCAGAAGCCAUAUCUCAUUAUGCCAAACUUUAUCCAAAACAACUGAAUAUUGUGUUGCUCGGACCGCUGACUAAUAUUGCAAAGGCAGUGCAAUUGGAUACUCAGCUAGCCGAGAACGUAAAACAAUUUUGGAGCAUGGGUUCGUGUCCAUUAGGCAUUGGAGCCCGGGCCCCUGAUUUUAAUUACGGAUUAGAUCCUGAAAGUGUACACUUAUUUUUCAAAAAUAUAAAACAUGCGCCAAUAACUGUUUUCCCAGGAUGCACAAGGAGAAAACAUAAAAUUGAUAUGGGCUGGAGAGCGAAUGUGCUCGGUUCAAAAACAAAGUCCGAAGUAAUUGAUUUCUUGAACAAAGUUGAACGUAUACCUCUUAAAACUGGAAAUGGUGAGUGGAUACCAGACGACGCUCUAGCACUAUCUUCUGUGAUUUGGCCGCAAAAGAUCAUAACGGAAAAAAAGAAAGUAGAAAUUGUUCCAAUUCAUGAAGGUAUCCAUAAAGGAUUUGUGAUGUUGAAGAAACUAUCGAAAAACAAAAAUGUUGAAUUUGUUGAAAAUUACAACCAUAUGAUAUUUCUAUCGAAAUUACUCAAGUAUUUGAAAUGAGUUUGAAAUUCAUUACAGUUAAUGCUCAA